GGAGGGAGGAGGGAAAGGAAAGGAAAGGAAAAGAAAGGCGCCGCUUCCGCCACGGCGGGGCGGGCCUGGGCGGAGAGCGGCGGCGCGGUGGGGCUGGCGAGGCGAUGGAAGCGGGUCCCAUCGUGACGUCCAAGCAGCGGGAGGAGGUGGUGCACGGGGUGCCGACGGAGGUGGUGUGCACGGCCUUCUCCAACUCGGUCCUCGUGGUGGUCACACAGUACGGCAAGAUGGGCACCAUCGUCUACGUGGACCCCAACACCAUCGGCGACAACGUGGGCAGGCCCUCGCUCACCACCAAGGUGCUGCUGGGCAAGGAUGAGGUGAGCCCCUCGUUCAUGUUUGUGCCAAAAACCUGGUGGCAUUUGUGUCGCAGGAAGCUGGGAACAAACCUGUUCUCCUUGCCAUGGCUUUAAAGGACAAAACCAUGGAAGGAAUACAGGCUCUCCGAGAAGUGAUCCGAAGUUGCCAAGUGUGGUGAAGUUGUGCCAUCUGGAUUCAAGGAAAUGAUCUUGAGUCUAUGACUCAUCACCACCUAUUUAAAAGGACUAGAAAUGAAAAUGUUGGAAUGUCUUUGUGGUGGUUUUGGAUGUCCUGAGGAAUUUCAUGAAUUUUUCUCUACUGUGUAGAACAUUUGUGGGUUUUGUGACUGGGACAGGUCUGCAAGUCCAUAUAGACAAUGGUGAGACAAGCAAUUGCCUCAACAUAGGAGAGAAGUGCUACUUUUAUCUUGUUGGGUGGGUCAUUUAUUUGGGAAGGAGCUUGGCUCUGCACAUGUGUCCUGAGGAGCAGCAGAUGCCAAGCUCUGUAGCUGCGCCGUACUGCAAAGGGGGAACACCCAGUGCAGAGGGAAUAAAAGAAACAUUGUCAAAUCAAAA